AUGGUGCUUCAGGUGGAUGAUUUGUUCCGCAUGCGGAUGCUGAUGGCCGGCGUGUACGUCGGGCUCAGCAUUUCGUCUACGUACGGAUUCAGCCUCUUCACGGAUCACCUGAAGACUAAGUACGGGUAUUCGCAGAGCGACAUCACGACAAUCAGCACCGUUGGAAAUGUUGUGAAUUUCGUCAAUCUUCACGGUGGAGCGUUGUUUGACUCCGUGGGUCCAACGGUCGCGCUUCCGUUUGCCGGUGUCCUUGGAGGACUGGGCUUCUUAAUGUUUGGGUUGACCUUUGACGGCACGGUCAAAACCUCGAGCGUGGCACUGUUUUCUCUCUACCAGGGAAUCACCCACCUUGGCCUUCCGAUUAUGGACGUGUGCUCCAUGAUGACGCUGAUGCUACAUUUUCCCUUGGAUCGCGGUUACGUGGUGCUGAUCAUGAAGACGUUCAACGGGCUUGGGACCGCAGUGCUGAUGGCGUACUUCAACGGCUGGUUUAGGGCGGCGGACUUUCAUAAUUCCGAGGACAACAACUACUCCGGCUACGCGUACUUUGUCGCGGCACAAAUUUUUUUUUGCUCCUGCCUCGGCGCUUACUGCACGCGGCUACCGAUGUACUUUCCGUGCACAUGGAGGAAGAAGCGCCUGAGUGCCGAGGAGCUCGCGGAGCGGGAGAAGACGCUUGACCUGUACAUGAGCCAGCAUGCCCCCUCGCGGCGUCUGUACAUCGGAUUUGGGCUUGUCGUCGUCAUGCUGAUAUUUUCUGCCACGCAGUCGAUUACGACGGCGUACGUGAAAACGUCCCACGCGGGGUACGUGGCGAUCUCAAUCGUGGCGCUGCUGCUGAUGGCGGCAUUCUCCUUGAUGGCGGUGCCGUUCCAGUUUCUGGGCCGCUACAACCCCGUGCGUCCCACACGUAUGGCGGGCAUCGGCGAGGUGGCCACGGAGACAGCGCCGGAGCAGACAGAUGGAGCCGUAGGUGCGAAUGAGAUGGUGGAGAGCAAUGCUUCCCACAAUAAGCAACCGGCCAAGGUGUGGCCGCAGUACAAAGGCUCCUUCUGGUCGCAUUUGCUCUCCUUCCACAUGUGGGCAAUGUGGUUCACUUGCUUCGGCAUGUGGGGUACCGGCCCAGUGAUGCAAAUGAACGUCGCCCAGAUCAGCCGCAGCACGAACUAUGGCGUGUAUGACAGCCGGACUCUGACACUUUACAUCGCCAUCAUGUCUGUGGGCACCGCUAUUGGACGCAUAUCUGUGGGAUACUUCGACACGAAGCUGACUGCGUGGAAUCGUGCAGGCAAGACAAGAAUUCUGACGACCAUUGCGCUUCCCAUUGCUCCCCUGCUGUUCGCGGUGGCGUACCUCUUCUUUGGUGUGGUACCUGGGAACGCCUUGCUGCUGCCGUUUUUGCUUGGGUCCUUCGGCAACGGCAUUGCAUGGGGUAUCGGCAUCAUUGUCUCCCGGAUGAUGUAUGCUAAGGAUAUUGGCAAGCACUACAGCUUCCUGCGUAUCUCCGCUGCUGUUGCAUCCAUUGCGCUGAACCGCUUUUUGUUCGGAGGGAUGUAUGAUGCGGAGGGGCGCAGGCGUGGUGAGUUGCCCUCAUGCAACGCACCCUCGUGUGUGCGAAAGCAGAUGUUUAUUCUGAUGGCCAUCAACCUGUUGUCAACAUGCGUGGCUGUGUUGGUGCACUGGCGAUUUUCGCGCUUCACCCAGGCGAAGCUGGCCGAAGAGGCAUCUUCAGCAAAUGAAAAAGCGGAUGUUGGGGCGGCGAGGGAGGAGCCUUCGGAGCCAGCGUUGAAGCAGGAUUAG